AUGGGCUUCUUUCAUGACUUCCUCUCUCGGCCUACAACCUAUGCUAUACUGGCCGUGCUGGUUAUUCCGGUCACGGCCCUGGCGUGGGACAGGUUGCCGCCUCUGUUGCCUUCUGCAAAGAGGUUAUUGGUUGGCAAAAAGAAUCCCUCUAAGAUAACAUCACUAGAAUGCCCUUACAGUUACAUCCGACAGAUAUACGGAACGCACCACUGGGCACCAUUCGUUGACAAGCUCUCCCCUAGCCUCAAGACAGAGCGGCCGGCAAAGUACCACAUGAUCCUAGAGAUCAUGGACGGAAUACAUCUUUGUCUGAUGCUUGUUGAUGAUAUAAGUGACGGCAGUGACUAUCGGAAAGGACGCCCCGCUGCCCAUCACAUCUAUGGUCCCUCGGAGACAGCAAACCGAGCAUACUAUCGGGUAACCCAGCUACUCAAUCGCACGGUGCACGAGUUCCCAGAGCUUGCACCUUGGCUGCUCCAAUGUCUCGAAGAGAUACUAGAGGGACAAGACCUCUCGCUUGUUUGGCGGCGGGACGGCCUUUCUGCCUUUCCCGUCCAACCAGAGGAGCGAGUAGCGGCAUAUCGCCAAAUGGCAUAUUUGAAGACAGGUGCCCUCUUCCGCCUAGUGGGCCAGCUUGUACUAGAGAAUCAAUCUUACGAUGAUACUUUAAGUACAGUAGCAUGGUAUUCCCAAUUGCAAAAUGACUGCAAGAAUGUGUACUCCUCUGACUACGCAAAAGCCAAAGGAGCCAUUGCCGAAGACCUACGCAAUGGCGAGCUUUCUUACCCAAUUGUUGUCGCUUUGAAUGUCCCAAAGGGACAAUAUGUGGUGCGAGCAUUGGUGUUUCGGUCGCCACAUAAUAUCCGACAAGCUCUGCGAGUUAUUCAGAGCGAUCAAGUUCGAAAUAUAUGUCUCACAGAAAUGAAGAAAUCAGCAGUUUCUGUUCAGGACUGGCUCGCACUCUGGGGACGGAAUGAAAAGAUGGACAUGAAGAACGAGAAAUGA